AUGUCAGCCGAGGGCAAGGAGGACGGUGGACUUGGUGGGUCGAUGGAGAAAAGUAAGGAUUAUUUGAGGUGAAAUAUUGGCAAUGAGUCUCGAGGACCUACAAAGACAUGUCCGAUAUAGAAGAGUCUUGUUUUACGGAGCUUCAUUUUGGCCUAGAAUUAACUCAUGGGACCUCUGCAAUCGUUUGUUAUACUAGGUCGCCCAGAAAGUUCGGUCGUUUUUUUCAUUGCUUUGUUUUACGAGGAUUGUUUGAUGUUUGGCAAGGGAUAUAUAUUUAUUUGAUACAGUCAGUUUUGUAGAGGAGAAAAAGCUGUAUCAGAUAAAUAUACUCCAUUUGUCAAAGAACAAACAAUUCUUGUAAAACAAAGGAAUGAAAAAACGAACGAACUUUCUGGACGACCGAAUAAAUUGUAUGCUAUUGGUCUGUAGGGAAAAUAGUGAUUGGGUCAUCGCAGCAAAAUAUUCGACGAUACUUCGCCCCGUCAAAAAAAAUUCCAAUGGCGGCAAACCUAAUAUUUAUAGCCAUAUUUCAGUUAACUAUUCAAAUUUAGCCAAAUUAAUGAUGAGUCGAGUCCCCUUUGUUUGACAUUCAAAAAAACAUGUGAAGAAAGCGAUAUGGGCAUGAAAAUAAAAGACCUAUGGCAGAAAAAUACGGAGAAUUUAACGAUGAGAAAAUUAUUUGGCAACACCUCACGGUUUUCGCGGCAGGACCCAUGGAAAAAAGUUUCCAUUUUUUGGGCCACCCUGUAAUAGGGUUUUUAACUGUCGCUCGCAACCUGAUGUUUUUGCACAGUGCGCCUCGCAGGAAUCAUUCAAGCGACUUUGCCGAUCGUAUGAGUGGGCCGAUAAUAAGCUCACAAGGUGUCAAUCUGUGGGGAAAGUAGUGUAUCAGUCUGUCGGGAAAAUAGUGACGGGUCGUCGCAGCAAAAUUUUUUGUCUCUUCGAAAAAGGGUCUCCCGGCAGACUGAUAACAAACAUUGCAAAGGUCGCAGAACUCAACGCCAAUACGCGCCAACCCGCACUGUACAAAAUUGUCCGGACUUUUUGUGUGCCGGAAGGCCGUACUCAAGACCUUUCUUAGACUGCGCAAUCAAUGGUGGUGCUCAUUGAUUAUCUUCUCUGAUCAGUUUAAUUUUUUUCCGGCGGUUUGAAAAGCCAGUUUUUACAUAUAAAAUACAAAGCAGUAAUACGGCAACACGUAAUUUAAAAAAUAUUUUUUUACAGAGACACCACUACAUGUUCUAUGUCUGUGCACAAUAAGCCAUUUCCACUUACUUUCAUUGUUACAAUUCAUGUAUAAAACUGUUUUCAGCAAUGAACUGGCUGAACGAAUCAGUGAAAAAGGCGCAUCGUCGAAUUCCGCCGGAUGUUUUCGUCAUCGCCCGAAGACUGGCGCCACUCCUGCUCUUGCUCGCAUUGCUGAUCUACCUACUCAUCGGUGCUACCGCCUUUCUGGCAUUUGAGCAUGCGAAUCAUGAGAACUACAUUAAACGAUUCCAUCUGCGGCUUGGAGCAAAUCGAAAACAUGCCUCGAGGGAGAUUACGGCUUCGCUUUUCAAUCAAACCGCCAACAUGUUGGUGAUCGUGGACAAGGUGAACCAAGCCAGGAUGGAGGUAAGAUUUGCCACUAAAAAAUGGUAGUAAAACCUUCUAGGAGCUACUCUAUCGUCACCUCAAAGUUUAUGAGUCCGAAUUGCCGAUUACUCGGCCCGUGGAAGAGGCGUGGUCGUUCACGAACUCCCUGACCUACUGUUGGGCGCUUCUCACAACAAUGGGACAUGGCUCGAGGGCCCCAAAAACGAUCGGUGGACAGAUCUUUGCACUGUUUUAUGCCUCCGUCGGAGUUCCGUUCUACAUGGGAACUAUUGUGGUUUGGGCGUUCUCAACGUUGUGCUCCAUCAAGGUAAAUGGGUCAAGAUUUUUUAUAUCAGAUUUUUAUGUUUAUCUCUUGUGCAAGUGUUUCUCUGAUUAAAAUUUAGGCCCAAGAUGGGUCUGUGGGUCAAGUCUUACGUUUUCUUUUGUGUGGUCAAGUGUUCCUCGAAAGAUUCAGAAAAUGAGUCAAGUCUUGCCCUCGCAAAUUUUGGGCCUUGAAAUUUGGAAGAUAUGUUUUUCACAUAGAAAAUAUUGCCGAAAUAUGGUUUUUGAAGAAUUUUUUGCUCUUGUGUCAAGUCUUCCUCAAAUUGAAAAACAUGAGUCAAGUGUUUCUACGAAAUUUUUUUACAAUCUUAGUUCAAAUUCCCUGUUCAAUACGGUGUAAAAUCAGCCAAAAUCUCUGAUUUGAGUCAAGUUCUCCUCUGGAGUCAAGCCUUUCUCUCAUAAAAAAAUUGGGUCGACUGUCUCCCUGAACCUUAAAAACCGCUAUCAAACACCCAUUUUCAGUGGGUUCUGCGACGAAAGCUCCAUGACAAAUCGAUAAAUGAGACUCACAUCCUUUUCACAUGUUCGGCAAUCUACGUGUGGUUCCUCAUCGCGUUCAGUGUCAUCCUAUAUUCAUCGGCAAUUCCGGACAGUUACUUCCGCUCGCUUUAUACGGCAGUGCUUUCUGCGUUUACAGUGCAGGUAUGAUUUAUUAUACAAAUAUCCAAAACACCGAUUUUUGUCUGAAAAUUUAAGAAAUUCGGAAUUUUUUGAUUUUUCGCCUUAAAAUUCUCGGUUGUUUCUGCUUAACGCGGGCUGAAAAUUUCAGAGACAUGUUAGAAAAUACCAUUCUUUAUUUCUGCCAAGUUUUGUCAAAAUCUGCGACUAAAAAUUUUCAAAUUUUUUUUCGUAUAAAAUGUCACUUUUCUCAAAAAAAAUUUUUUUUCCGAAAAUAUCAUUUUUGCAGACGAUGGAUUACAACGAUUUCAUCGAAUUCGACAAAGUUGUGACGCUGACUUGCACUGGAAUCGCCCUUUAUCUCGGCGCGAUGGUGCUGUUAACAGCCGUUGGGGUCUAUCGAAAUCUCGACACGACCGCCAAACUGAACAAAGCGAUCGACCCAAUCAGCUCGGAGGAUAUUCGACAGAUCGACGAUGACGAAGAGGAAAAAGCUGUUCAUCUUGUGCACAGCGAAUCCGUGAAAAGUGCGCCCGGAUCGGUGCCGCAGGCUGCGCCCAGGUUUCAAGUAAGUGUGGACAAGAGCGUAAUCUCGCAUUACAAAAACGUGAGGCCAAUGGUUGUAUAGAGAGAAAUGUGUUUUUGAAUUUUUUUUUGUUGUUGCGUGAUAAUAAAAAUGAGAUUUUUUGAAAUUGAAAUUUAUUUCUUUUUAUUUUGGAAACUUUUUUUUGUGUUUUUAAAUAUUUUUAAGCCAUUAUUUUAUAUUUUUUUAUAAAAUACGGAAAAAUAAAGUCUUAAUUUUUCUUAAAAUGUUUUCUUAAUUUAUUUUGUUUAUUUUUUUAUUCUUUUUUCAUACUAAUCCCACAACUAACCGCUUGAAAUUUCAGGUGAUUGUCGACGAAGCCGGAGAAAGCCAGCUAACCAAACCCGCGACAAAAAGCACCACGAAAAAGAAGACAACAUUUGUCAAGGAAGUUCAUCAUUACUAA